UCGACAGGCUUGGCGGCACAGCGACUACAUACGAACUUGGCCAUGCAUCUCCUCAAAGAUGGAUUCAAUCCACGUCUUAUACGUGCCUUCAAGCUUUCUUUUGGGAGCACCAUUGCUCACAAACAUCGAAGCUUCCGCAGGUAAGGUUCUCGGGAGCAAUAAUUUCGAUUCGAUAUUGAAUUUGAUCCCCCUGAACCCGAGUUGGAUGAUACAACUAGGAUGCAAGAAGUGAAAGAACGAGCUCGAUCUGCGAUAUGCGAAUUAAAGGAACUCGACCAUUUAGCUAGAUGUAUAGUUGCGGAGCCUUUUCUUUUCGAAUUAGAUAGUAUACCUAAGAAGGAGCGUGGAAGAUACUUUUGCCAAGGACGUAUCAUCUGUCGCCUUCGCGCACAUAAUACUGCCUUGCAAGUUCUCCUAGAACAGUUAGACAGAUCCUCGGCAGUAUUUAUGAUUCAAGGAAAUCAUUUGAAAGGUCCCUUUGGGGGCGAUUCUAAUGAAGAUAAAGAUGGGAACUUCAGCAAUGCUACUUCUUUCGAGGUUCCUGACAAGCACACCCCAUCUCUCAUCCAGCUCAAGGAGGGAUUGUCGCAGCCAUAUAGCAUCAGCAGGUCGCCGUUUUCGGUCGAUUCCCUGGUCACUGCGCAGCACCUUGAAUGCCAUUUUGGUACUUUGGACCAUGCUAAAAGGAAAAGGGUGGAUUCAGUAGAUUUGUCUUCGCGGAAACGCCCUCGACGUUUGGUCUAGCGGCUAAGUGAAAGCAGGAAUUUACACGGGCAUUUUGUAAUUCGAGAAUAGACCUUUUUUCAAUUUUGAUGGCCUAAAUCCUCUACUGUACCCGCGUUUGACGACCACCU